CCUCUCUCUCCUCUGAUGCGCGAGUGUCUGCCUGUCACUGAUGAGGAAUCAUGGCUUCCCGUCCUGUAGAUCCGAUGCAACGUAAAAGGCGAAUGUGUUUGAAUAUUGAUCGACAUAUGCAUUCAUGCCCCCCAAUCCCAGUCCUGUCUCUCUCUCUCACUCUCUCUCUCUCACUCUCUCACUCUCUCUCACUCUCUCUCUCUCUCUCACUCUCUCUCUCUCUCACUCUCUCUUCCUGCGACGGAGGAGCUUCCAUGGGGUAUCAACCCAUACCCCCACCCACGCAUCAUCAUCAUCAUCAUCAUCAUCAUGGGCAUGGACAUGGACAUGGAGCACCAAGAUGACAGGUAGGAAAUCCCUUGAGCGUCAUAAUCGACUAGGAAGGCAGAUCAUGCUAUACGUAGUACCUCGCUCUCUCCCUCCGGUCGUGUCUACCUCCCUGCGAUGUCGAUCUUGCGACCUCUCAGGGCCACCGAGCGAAAUUGAGUGAUCUUGACGGAGACCAGCAUGACAGCUCGACAA